UAUCUUUAACCUAGUGGGCGCAGUGACGAUUUCUGUAUGCUUAUUGUUUUAAGAGCGUGUACACGCGGGCCGUCUUUUCCUAACUCUGCUCUCCGCCGUGCAUACGGUAACCUAGCGCUUACUAGGAAAAAAAUUACGGUCUCUCAGUCGGGAAUCAAUAUAAAAUUUAUUUCCUACAUUACAGUUACUAAGCAACUAUUUAUUUUGACUGUUAGGUGCUCGCCACGUUCUCUAGACUGUUAUUAAAACACGACAUUUGGCAGCACAUGUAAUGCCUAGAUUUUACUGGAGAUUGAGUCAAAGAAACUAAGAUCCGUAAUUUCAAUUUGUGUUUUUAACAAUCGCGGCAGGUAAACUUUUCCAAUAUGCUUUUCCAUUAAUGCGGUCCAUUAGUUCACAGAAAGAAAGGUCUGCAAAUAGCAAAAAAAAACUUUCAAUUACCCAAAUAAAUAAAUCGCGUAAAUGACUUUUUUCUAGACUAUAUUGUCAUAGUAGAUUCUUUACACCCCUUUGAAUUACAACCAACCAAUUUCAGAUAAUUGUCGCCUGGAUACUAUGGUUCAAAUAAGCGAUUUGUUGUUUAUACAAGAAUUCAUGUUUGCAUAAGUGCUAAUAAGUUUGAAAAUAAUUCAUAACUCAUUGAAUGCAUUCUAUACCUAAUAUUAUUUUGCUCGAAUUGUUCUGAAGCGAUUAUGCUUGCUUUUGCGGGAAGUUAGCUUGGAUAAAUGUCAACAUGUCAUAUUCAAAUUGUCAAUUGGGUCAGUUAGAGCCCGUCGACAAAUUAAUCUAUUGGAUAACAGUAGGUGCAAUCGGGGAUGGCGCAAACAUCUGCAUACAAAAGGAGGUUCAUUUUAUUGUCUCCGGUGAUGCGUGUCGUCGACCUUGAGUCUAGUGAAGCCGUUCAAUAAUAGCGGUGAAGAUACCUACGUUAUUACCCUGGUGUAUAUCAGAGUUGAAGGGGCAGCUGCAAUAACAAAUCGAAACAUAAGCGGAAAUAGCCACUAGAAGCCGUAGCAGCCAACAAACGAACCCUAAAAACGAUGAUACUGGGAAACAUCUUGCUUCGCUUUGUUCUGUUUAUCGUCUAUUUGAGCAUUGGCAUGGUAUCCUUCAUGGCGAUCGAGGGACCUCAUCAAAAGGUAGAGGCUGCAAAGAGCAAGGAGAAUCAGGAGGAGCUAAGACUGAACACGACUCGCAGGUUUAAUAUGACCAACCAAGAGUUCGAAAACUUCGUUGCUAGAGCUUUAGACGCUUUCCAAAGUCCGACCGAGUGGUCUUAUAAGAACUCAUUUGCAUUUGUGUUGCAAACGGUGACGACUAUCGGGUAUGGCACUAUAACCCCUCAAACCACUGGUGGGAGAAUGUUCUGUAUAUUCUACGCAUUGUUUGGGAUACCUGUGGCUGCCCUGCUCCUACAAGCCACCGGCAAGGCUCAGUACAAGGCCGUCUCGGGCUUGAUAAAACGCAUUGAAACAGGAUGCCUUGGACGGGAAAGUGUAUCCGAUCUCGAGGCAAAGUGCGUUUUCUUCACGUUCGUGCAGUUCUGCCUUGUGGUCCUCAUCAGCGGUGGCUUCUACAAAGCAGCGGAGGGGCCAUUUUUGGAAGGAGUUUACGCCUAUUUUAUAACCUACACUACUAUUGGUUACGGCGACAUAGUUCCGGGGGAGCAUUCCAAGUCUGCGGGUUGGAUCUGGCUUCGAUUAGUAUUAAUGAUUAUUGGGUUGAGCUUCGCGUCAAGCGUACUAAAUUCAAUCGGUUCUUAUUUGGAAAAGCGAGAGCAGUCCCGUGGGUGCAUGGGGUGUUGUCCCGAACGUCUGGCCCGCUGUGCGGGAUUUUCCGCGAGUUCGCCACGUAGCUAUUACACUGGCUCGGCUAACGAGGUGGAACUAGAUGGAGGAGUUGAUUCUGUGAAGUACAAAACAAAGGCGUGAUGAACAGCUAGGCCUCUUAUCCCGCCCGUGCUAGUGAAAAAAUCAUUCACGCUUAGCUAGGUUCUUAGGAAAGCUUUUGACAACACAAUGGAUCAAAAACUGCUACCUAGAAAAGCUAUUGAUUUGUAGAUAGAGUAAUGAGAUAAUGAUCAGCCGAUUAUCUCUCUUAGCGCACGUCAUGUACAACAUAAUCGACCUUACGGUAGAUUAAAUAUUACCUAAGGCUAAAAAAAUGCAGAGCCUACAAUGGAGUCCAUAAAAAAGUGGGAGUGGUCGUGGGUAAAAAAAGCCAAGUUAACGCACUCGUACCGCUUCAUUCGUCUUAGUAUACAAAGAUUAUUCUAUGGGAAGUGCGGGCGAACUAUUUUUAUUCAUGAGUUGCGCAGCAUAAAAAACGAACGAGUGAGUGCAGCGAACGAGUGAGUUUUUUGGUGCAAAGUGACGAGUCAAUUGAAAUAGUUCAAGCACUUUCCAUGGUGUAAUGUUUUUAUUCCAUACAUACUGAGAUUUUUUUUCCUGUGGCAAAUUCAGUCAAAACCAGGAAGCCAUUUGAGUGGAAAAGCAGUAAACACAAAGCAAGACGCGUUUUAAUUUUUAGAGUGACUUUACUUGAAAAAAAGGGCAUAGAAAUGACGCGAAUACAUUUUCUUUAACUUAAAAAAUCAUUUAAAGAUCAUAGAAUUCAUAAACCCGGAUAUAUUUUCUUGCGUCGAACAAAAUCUUAACUUUGCCGAUAAACGCGCCAACAUGUUUGACAAAACAUUUUCGUGGAAUUAAAUGUUUUCCCUAAAUACGAAAAUAAGAUACCUAAACAGAAUGUUCAAUAUUUCAAUACAUAGUUGAGAAUGUUUCUUUGAAAAUAUAUUAGUAUAUAGGAAAAUCAGUCUUCGUCAGAACUGGAGAGGACGCGAAGUCUUUUCCACAAGCGGGCUCGAGUAGUCUUUUCCCUUCUUUGUUCGCACAGUAAAUAUGAAUUCACUGAGCAACUCGUCGAGCUCGGCAGGUGGCAUUUCUUCGACUCUUCCUUCUAUUGAAGAAACGACUUGAGUAAGAGUAUGUCUCUGUCUGUCUUUGCUCGGGUGUUUUUGUUUUCUUGGUCAUUUAUAAAGUUAUCAAUUGUUCCUUCGAGGAGAGCGAAUCUGGGCAGCUCUUCCGUCAUGUUUUCAUUCAGCUCAAAAAAACCCGCGCCUUUGGUAAUGUACUACUGUGUAAGUUUGAAUACCAUUUUGGUGCACAAUCGUUCACGCCUCUGCUAGCAGAGGCCUCUUUUCUCUGUAUUUCACUGUGCUGGCGUUCGCGAGGAAAAGAGAGUAUCUUUUCCUCGCGAACUCCAGCCCAGCGAAAUACAGAGAAAAAAAGCCUCUGCUAGCAGGGAAAUUUAUUUGAUGCUUUUCAACUAGAUUGUUUAUUUAUUGAUUCAUUGAAUUAUAUAAACCUGGUGUUCAAA